GUAGGCAUUUCCGGUGACGUCAGCCAGCGCGUCUGGAGUCCAUUAGAAGCUGCAGCUGUUUGUAGAGAAACAACAACAAGACAAAAACGAAGGCGACGCUUUUCUGCCCCCCUACAGACACCGUGGCGUCCUGAAGCUGCACCGUUGCCCUUUUCUCCUCUACCCCCUCCCACCCCCCGGGAGCUGAGCGUCUCCUGUCCCCGUUUCCCUCGCGGAGCAUCACGGGCUUCUCACCACGGCCGCUCUCGGUGAGGGAACUCUGGCCUCCGCUUCCUCCUCCUCCGACUCGGACACCGGCGGAGCGUCGCCGCCCCCGCGGAAGAAGCGCCGAGCCUCGGCGGCGGAGGGAGCAGGAGAGCCCGAGGCUUCAGCAGUAGCAGCAGGCCCGGCGGGCCUCUCCGCACGAACUCCACCGCAUCCACACGCCGUUCCCUUCAUCCGCAGCGCCGGCACAAGCAUGCAGGCCAACGGUGCCGACCAGGGACAGGACCCCGGGCUCAGCUGCCAAAACAACAGCGCACAGAACGGAGAGAACGGAGAGGGAUCCAGCGGCAGGAGGGAAACGGCGCACUCUAACGGGCUCCUCUCCGGGUCCGGGUCCGGUACCGGGAACAACGUGGCCCACACCGGGGCUUCUGCACUUUUAUCCGCCGGAACCGGUUCCUUAAAGAAGCAAAAACGCCUUUCGCAGUCUGAAGAGGACGUGAUCCGGCUGAUAGGGCAACAUCUACACGGGCUGGGGCUAAAUCAGACAGUGGAUCUGCUGAUGCAGGAGUCGGGCUGUAGGCUGGAACACCCUGCUGCUACCAAGUUCAGAAACCACAUCAUGGAGGGAGAGUGGGAUAAGGCAGAAAAUGACCUCAGCGAGCUCAAAGGCCUGAUGCAUUCACCCAAUGCUAUUGUGAGGAUGAAGUUUCUCCUCCUGCAGCAGAAGUAUCUGGAGUAUUUGGAGGAUGGAAAAGUUCUGGAAGCGUUACAGGUGUUAAGAGGAGAACUCACUCCGCUAAAAUACAACACAGACCGAAUCCACAUCCUCAGCGGGUAUCUGAUGUGCAGUCACGCUGAGGACCUGAGAGCCAAAGCAGAGUGGGAGGGGAAAGGAGUGAGUUCACGCUCCAAACUGCUCGAUAAACUACAGACGUACCUCCCCCCCUCAGUGAUGCUGCCCCCCCGGAGGUUACACACACUCCUGCGUCAGGCCGUGGAGUUACAGAGAGAUCGCUGCCUUUAUCACAACACCAAGACGGACAACAACCUCGACUCUGUUUCACUGCUGCUGGACCACGUGUGCAGCAGGAAGCAGUUCCCAUGUUACACUCAGCAGAUUCUGACCGAACACUGUAACGAGGUUUGGUUCUGCAAGUUCUCCAACGACGGCACCAAACUCGCCACCGGCUCCAAAGACACCACGGUGAUCGUGUGGCAGGUGGUCCCGGACACACACCAGCUCAAGUUAUGGAGGACGUUGGAAGGUCACGCGUAUGGAGUGUCUUACUUGGCCUGGAGUCCUGAUGACGUUUACCUCAUUGCCUGUGGUCCAGACGACUGCUCAGAGCUCUGGCUAUGGAAUGUACAGACAGGUGAACUGCGCACAAAGAUGAGUCAGUCUCAUGAGGACAGUCUGACCAGCGUCGCCUGGAACCCUGACGGCAAGCGAUUUGUCACAGGAGGACAGCGAGGACAGUUCUACCAGUGUGAUCUGGACGGUAACCUGGUGGACUCAUGGGAAGGAGUGCGUGUCCAGUGUUUAUGGUGUGUGAGCGACGGCCGCACCGUCCUGGCCUCCGACACACACCAGCGUAUCCGUGCCUACAACUUCGAGGACCUGACUGACAGAAACAUAGUUCAGGAGGAUCACCCCAUCAUGUCCUUCACUGUUUCUAAGAACGGACGUUUAGCUUUGUUAAAUGUAGCAACUCAGGGCGUUCAUCUCUGGGACUUGCAGGACCGUGUGUUGGUGAGGAAGUAUCAGGGAGUGACGCAGGGCUUCUACACCAUCCACUCCUGCUUUGGUGGCCAUAAUGAGGACUUCAUCGCCAGCGGCAGUGAAGAUCAUAAGGUGUACAUUUGGCACAAGCGUAGUGAGCUGCCAAUAGCUGAGCUAACGGGACACACUCGCACUGUGAACUGUGUUAGCUGGAACCCGUGUGUGCCGAGUCUUAUGGCCAGCGCUUCAGACGACGGCACGGUUCGGGUGUGGGGCCCCGCCCCCUUCCUCCACACACAGGAAGUGGACACUUGCAACGAGAACUGCAGUAACAUGGACAGUUGAUGAUGAAGUCCAUUUCAGAGAAACAUUCAGAAACAUCUAAAGAACCCGAUUCUACGUCAAGAACAAACGAACAAACCAGAACAGACAAUACAGUAACAACGUGUGUGUGCGUGUGUGUGUGUGUGUGUGUGUGUGCGAAAGGGAGAGUGAGUAAGUGUUUGGAAGUUCAAAAUCGUCAUGGUGACUGAAGCCGUCUCCAUGGCAACCCAACAAACAUGCCGAUUUUCUGAUCCUUAGGAAAAUGAGAGGUGGAGGGAUGAGGGAAUAAUAAAUAGUCUCGCUUUCUCUUCACUCGUUCAUCUCGCACACAAUAAUUGUUCUUUAGUUUUUUUUGUUCUUUUUUUUUACAUUUUUUAUUUAAAAAUAUUACUAACCCAUGCAGUUUAUUUAGUCGUUAUUGUACCUCCUCCACACUCCCUCAUCCCUCCAUCCAUCUGUUCUUCUGAUUCCCUCAGUUCUGACAGGGUCAGGGUUACUUGUGUGUGUGUGUGUGUGUGUGUGUGUGUGGAGAAGGAGGAAUAGUUUUAAUUCAGAGCCCAACUGAGACCUUCAUCUGUGGAACAAAAAAAGAAAAGACAGUUUUGUAACGUUAUUGUUUUAAAAUAUAAUAAAAUUGAGGGCUGAUUUUUUGGCUUAAAAUAUAAUUAGGUUUAAAUAAGUAUCCGUGAAAGCGGAACGGUGGAAGUGCAAAAUAAUAAAUCCUCAUCUACUGCGACCCUUCAACUGUUGGUGGACACACCCUCUGAGGUGGGUGUGGUCAUGCCUGUGGCGUCAUCACAGAACACCCCUAGGAUUCAGUUUACAUUCGGCUCUUAAUAAACACACUUUUCAGUGCACCGCUAGUGGACUAUACAGAAUGUCUGUUAUUGGCUACCGGAGUUUUCUCACCACACUAGUGGGCGGAGCCACUGAGCUAGCUAUGACACACCCACAUGUAUUAUGAGUUUUUCCGCUUCCUGUUUGCGUGCGAAUCAGACAGCUGUGUAGAUAAUCAUAUAAGUGGUUUCAGCCGAUCGGCAAAGGCUAUGACCUCAGAAGGGGGUCGACACACUGGCUUCUGAUUGGACCCAGAGCAUUUCCUGUGUAUUGUGCAGGAAUGUUCCUGAAGCCCCUUCUCGUAUAUGAUGUAUGCAGCAAAGCUCGACCCACAACUCCGAAUUAGUCAAAUGACUCUCAGAUCUCUGUAAUCUGUGUCCCUUAUCCUGGAACGCUUCCUCACGUAUGACCUAUGCAGCAAAGCUCCGCCUCUGAGGAAUCCAUCCACGCCUCUUUUCAUCAAGUCUACAAAGCCACACCCCCAGCCCCUUUUAUAGACCUAAUGCUUUUAUAGGCUGAACAAGACACCACGCCCCUUUAAUCAUGGUGCAGACCAAUUUAAAUAAGGUUUAAAUAAGGUUUUUCUUUUCUAGAACACAAUCUCAUUCAUAACCUAUGCAACAAAGCCCUGCCCCAAUUUUGAUACAAAGCCCCGCCCCUUUUCCCCACCAGUUCCUGAACAGGCACAGUUCAUACAGUUGCCCUGCCUCUUUGUAUAUGUUCCUGUUUGAGGAACACUUCCUCAUAUAUGACCUAUGCAGCAAAGCCCCACCCAAAAAAAACUCAUUUUACAGAAAAGCCCCGCCCCUUUUUUGGUUCCUUCUGUGGAGCGAUGUAAGGGGGGUGUCGUCAUUUUGCACUACAUAAUCCAGUCGUAUUUCAGCCAUCAUGAUAUUUCUGCCAUAAACGCUGGUGAAAUCUGCCAACAUGCUGGAAAUGACUAACAUGGGAAAGUGUUAUUGUGAGUUUCCACGCCGUCGGCUUGUGUGUUUACCUUUAGGUACAAAAAGACGUUUUUUCAGGCAGUAAAGUUUUUUUUUAUUCACAAAGUUUAGCGCUUUCAGUUCUUUUUUUUUUUUUUGGGAAAGAAACAAUAUUUACUACGGACUGAUAGUAACGCCUUCUCAGUUUUUACUACUUUUUGGUCAUUUUUUUGGGGUUAUGAUUUUUUUUCGGUUGAUUCUUUAUCCCUGUAUUAUCAUAUUAAACUAUAACCAGCCAACGUCGUCUCCUCGUUAUUCAUUUUAUUAUGAUUUAUCAUUAACAUUUAUCAUUUUUGUUACUUUAUGGUUUUGUUGCAUUCAUAUAUUCAUUUCUAAACGAUUAACAUUACUUGAUAACUUUUUAAGUGCACUAGUGAGUGAGCAGAGCUGAACGAGACGCUCUGAGGCAAUAUGUUGGGUUCGAUGUGAUCUCUUUCUUCCUGUAUGUGCCAUUUGAAAAAAUAAAAAACAAGGAGGUUUUGUACUUUACACAGUUUUACAGCCUGGUCUGAAGGAGCGCUGUGGGGUUUUUUUUCACAUCUAAAUGAGAUUUGCUGAGAGGUAUUUGUACCUGGAGCUGACUGUUUAAGCCCCUCCCAUUUUACCACUUAACAAUGAGAACCUUCUUUGUAUAAGUGCUGUUUUCUUGGUAAAAGAGUAAAUCUACUGUGGGAUGUAGCAUCUCAACUCCUACAUCAAAAAGCUGCUACUCUAAACUCCACCCGUCUUUAUUAAGCCACUGCCCCUUGGUCUUAGAGACGUGUCCUUGGUUAAGUUUGAGUGAAUAUCAUAACCUACUCCAUGCAUUUCUGCAGUUUGUUUUAAUAACACGAUAGUGGCCGAUGCUAAUACACUUUAUACAGGAGUUACUCACUUCUAAGACAUAAGGGGAAGUCAUCAUCCAUCAACUGACCUUUGGAUUUUUUACAUGAUACCAACAGUAAAACCUUUCGACUGUAAAACAAUCUGGUGUAUUUGCACCUUCUGAAUCCCACCACAUCUUUAUGCAACUUCUCCUGUGACCUUUUUGGCUUCCCAUAAGGCCUUACAUUGUGGUGAAGAGUGUACACUUACAUUUCUGGCAUUUAGCAGACACCCUUAUCCAGAGUGACUUGCAUUUUAUUUGUGUGUGUGAGUGUGUGUGUGUGAGAGAGAUGCAAGUGACUGUGUUAACUCUGUUAUAUUACAUGUGACUGUACUGUUUUGUAUUGUUGUGUAGGAUUGUUCAUUAGGCAUAUUUUCAAUAAAGCUUUCAGGGUUUUGAAAA